GAGCGCGGGGCGCUCUCAGAGCGCGGGAGCGCGGGGAGCACCGCCCGCACCUUCCUUUGUGUGGCGCGGCCGCGGCAGCGCUGGCCCGCGCCGGGUCCCCGUCCCCGCCCCCGCCCCCGCCCGGAGCUCCGGUUCCUUCCCGGCAAGAUGGCAACCCCGGCCGCCGUCAACCCUCCGGAAAUGGCUUCAGACAUACCUGGAUCUGUGACCUUGCCUGUUGCCCCCAUGGCGGCCACUGGACAGGUGAGAAUGGCAGGGGCCAUGCCUGCCCGAGGAGGAAAGCGGCGAUCCGGAAUGGACUUCGAUGACGAAGAUGGUGAAGGUCCCAGUAAAUUUUCAAGAGAGAACCACAGUGAGAUUGAGCGGCGCAGGCGGAACAAGAUGACUCAGUAUAUUACGGAACUCUCCGACAUGGUUCCCACCUGCAGUGCGCUGGCCAGGAAGCCAGACAAGCUCACCAUCCUGCGCAUGGCGGUCUCACACAUGAAGUCCAUGAGGGGCACGGGCAACAAAUCCACUGACGGCGCAUACAAGCCUUCCUUCCUCACUGAGCAGGAACUGAAGCAUCUCAUCCUUGAAGCUGCUGAUGGAUUUCUGUUUGUAGUGGCAGCCGAGACAGGGAGGGUAAUCUAUGUGUCUGAUUCUGUCACUCCUGUCCUGAACCAGCCACAGUCAGAGUGGUUUGGGAGCACACUCUAUGAGCAGGUGCACCCUGAUGAUGUGGAGAAACUGAGAGAACAGUUGUGCACUUCAGAAAACUCCAUGACGGGCCGCAUCCUGGACCUGAAGACUGGGACAGUGAAGAAGGAGGGACAGCAGUCAUCCAUGCGCAUGUGUAUGGGCUCUCGACGCUCCUUCAUCUGUAGGAUGAGAUGUGGAAAUGCUCCCUUGGACCAUCUGCCUUUGAACAGAAUAACCACCAUGAGGAAAAGGUUCAGGAAUGGCCUUGGCCCUGUGAAAGAAGGAGAAGCUCAGUAUGCCGUGGUCCACUGCACAGGUUACAUCAAGGCUUGGCCACCAGCAGGAAUGACCAUACCCGAAGAAGACGCUGAUGUCGGCCAAGGCAGUAAAUAUUGCCUGGUGGCAAUUGGGAGGCUCCAGGUGACCAGCUCUCCUGUGUGCAUGGACAUGAGUGGCAUGUCAGUGCCCACAGAGUUCCUGUCACGGCAUAACUCUGAUGGGAUCAUCACAUUUGUGGACCCAAGAUGCAUCAGUGUGAUUGGCUACCAGCCCCAGGACCUUCUGGGAAAGGAUAUUUUGGAAUUCUGCCACCCUGAGGAUCAGAGCCACCUACGGGAGAGCUUCCAACAGGUGGUUAAGCUGAAGGGCCAAGUGCUGUCGGUCAUGUAUCGGUUCCGCACCAAGAACCGGGAGUGGCUGUUGAUCCGUACCAGCAGCUUCACCUUCCAGAACCCCUACUCUGAUGAGAUCGAGUACGUCAUCUGCACCAACACCAAUGUCAAGCAGCUUCAGCAACAGCAGGCAGAACUGGAGGUACACCAGCGAGAUGGGCUGUCAUCAUAUGACUUAUCUCAGGUUCCAGUACCCAACCUACCUGCUGGUGUUCACGAGGCAGGGAAGUCUGUGGAAAAGGCAGAUGCAAUCUUCUCCCAAGAGAGAGAUCCUCGUUUUGCUGAAAUGUUUGCAGGCAUCAGUGCAUCGGAGAAGAAGAUGAUGAGCUCAGCCUCAGCAUCAGGCAGCCAGCAGAUCUACUCCCAAGGAAGUCCAUUCCCUGCCGGGCACUCGGGCAAGGCCUUCAGCUCUUCCGUGGUCCAUGUGCCUGGAGUGAAUGACAUUCAGUCCUCCUCCUCAACGGGCCAGAACAUAUCCCAGAUCUCCCGGCAGCUGAACCAGGGCCAGGUGGCAUGGACAGGCAGCCGUCCACCCUUCCCAGGGCAGCCCAGCAAGACGCAGUCAUCUGCCUUUGGAAUUGGAUCAAGCCACCCCUACCCGGCUGACCCUUCGUCCUACAGUCCUCUCUCCAGCCCAGCUGCCUCCUCACCAAGCGGAAACGCAUACCCCAGUCUUGCCAACCGGACUCCAGGGUUUGCUGAGAGUGGACAGAGUGGUGGGCAAUUCCAGGGCCGGCCCUCGGAGGUCUGGUCCCAGUGGCAGAGCCAGCAUCACGGACAGCAGAGCGGUGAGCAGCACUCCCACCAGCAGCCUGGCCAGACUGAAGUGUUCCAGGACAUGCUACCCAUGCCGGGCGACCCGACGCAGGGGACUGGCAACUAUAACAUCGAGGACUUUGCUGACCUGGGCAUGUUUCCUCCAUUUUCUGAGUAGCUUCAGGCAAAGCCAGGCUUCUACUGCCCAGGCACUAUUAUCAUGCCAUAGAUGCCUGUGUUCAAAGAGGGCCCCCCUCACCCAGCUUGCCCUGCUGCAGAACCCCCAGAAAACUUCCUUAUUCCCCAUCUUCCCUGGACAUGGCAUCACCUGGCUCUAACCCAGAGCCCUGGCUUCUUGGGUUGGGUAUCUUUGUAUUUAUUGUACUUUAUCUGUGUGCUCGGAAGGGUGGCCUCCAGGGUCUUAAAUUCCAUUGUGAAUGAUCUAUUAAUGGACAAAUUGCACCCAUCAAGUGCUUGCUUGAUCCACAAUGGCGGGCAGCACCAGCAGGUCUGCCUGGCGCAGAUGCUGGGUUUCUUUCUGCUUUUCACAGCUGCUGCCUGGAGGCUUCAUGUCAGAGUGAGAGGUAGUAACCUCUCUGCGUUCUGUGCUGGAGCCAGGAACGCAGGAUGUGAGGCUCCCACACUCACCGUCCUUGAUGGCCUGGGGCCAGGUAUGCUUUAAACAGUGAGGAUCAAAGUUGUGGCUUGGUAGAUGUACUGUGGUGUUGGUGUGUGUGUGGCCAGUGAGAGUGAGAAACCAUACCCAUUCAACUGCAUUUCAGAGGCGAGCCUGGGAGCUGGGCUGACUCCCCAGACGUCAGGGCUGGGGAGCUGCUCACUCUAAGUCAGUUCUUUGGUCCCCUGCCCUUUUACAGACAUCCUCCAUUUCUUAAAAUUUCUAGUCCUUCCUCCUUGUGACCUUUUGAGAGGGCUCACGAUUCUCUUAUUAGGUCUGGGGGACAGUGUGCUGAUUUCAUGAAGGUCACUGCAUCCUCCCUGCUCUGCAGCAAAGACAAGCAGACCUGGCCCUCUGUACAGGGUUAGGAUACCUCACCCCUAAGUGUCCCUGACACCUUCUGCUCAGUAACCUGGAAAGGAGACGGGGCCACACUCUGGGUGGAGAAGGGUGCCCUGGGCCACCUGAGCCUCUGUCCUCAGCAGGCAGGAGAGGCAGGAGUAUCUCAGGGGGGGACACAGCUAGGCCUGUGAGGCCAGGGACUCUGCUCUGGCCAUGCUUCUACAAAGACCUGAAUUCCUCAGUGGUCUUAAGGUAGAACUCUGAGCUAACUUCUGGAACAGUGGUUCUCAGCCUGUGGACUGUGUUAGAGAGUCAAACAGCCAUUUCACAGGGGUUGCAUAUCAGAUACCCUGCGUAUUAGACAUUUACAUAAGGAUACAUAACAGUAGAAAAUUACACUUAUGAAAUAGCAAUGAAAAUGAUUUUAUGGUUGAGGGGCAUCACUACAUGAAGAACUAUAUUAAAGGGUCACAGAGUUAGGAAGGUUGAGAGCCACUCACUGUUCUAGAAGCUUCUGCCUGGCUUAUCUCUGACAUCAGAGUCCCUGUAUCAGUCAGAUUUUAAAGAGCUUUCAGAUUCCACCCAUUCCACCCUGCUCCUCCCCGACUCCAUGUGCUGCUGUGAGUUCUCUCUGCCUCCUUUCACUUAGCGGACCCUCACCUCAGGCACCUCACCUCAGGUAUCAGCCCACUGAUGCCCAAAUGUGAGAGAAGCCACAGAGCUACCUUAGGCAGGCCCUGAGGUCCUCCAGAGUCCUUUCAGGAGCCCCUUGGUAGAACUGUGGAGGUGCACGCUCUCAGAACAGACCUACUGUGCUGCCUGGCGCCUGGGAAGCUGGGAGUACAAGAGGCUCCAGGAUGCACAGGACACAAUGAGCAUGUAGAUUAAGAGCCAGGGAGAACACCACUCCAUUCAGGAGCUUGGCUCUGCCUGGCAUUGAGGGAGCACCAGUGUUUGUACAGGACUCACUUGCAAACUUUACUUGGCUCAGCAGACUGCUCUUGGCAGCAGCCCACCCUGUUCAUGACAAAUUUCGGCCCCAGAGAUCCUCAAAGCAGCUUUGAAUUCUUCCAUGGAGAGUAGUGACACAGUUGGAGCUUCAUCUUAGCAUCAGAACCCCCCAAACAGUCACCUAUGUGUGCUGCCUGGUUCAGCUCUGUCCCCAGCAGCCUGGAGCUGGCCCCAGGAGGUGAGCAUUAGUUAUAAAAGGAAAAGGCCCAAAGCUAGCUUCAGGAGCAAAGAAUGCUUUUCAGCCAUGGCCCUUAGCUGGUGAGUUAAGAGGUGUGGGAGCUAUGGGUUUGGUUUUAUUGCCUUUAGUGGGAAGUAGGGGCUUUUCUUGGGUUUGACAUGGGCUGUCACACUGCCUUAGGUUCAGGGCACUAAGGUCUGCAGAAGAAAUAGGACAGAAUUCUUGCUUGCAAUCAUUUCAUGUCUUCUCUCUGUUACGAAGUUGAGGGUAAAGCCAUCUCAGUCCUUGGUCCUGGAGUGCAGAGGGGGAUGAUUCUUGGACAACUACAAGCCAGACAAUAGCAAGCACUGCUUUAAAUGGCUCCUACCCCUCCUACCCCCCACCCCCGCCCUGCCCAUCUUAUCUAGGGAGUUCCACAGGCUAGAAGGUAGGGAUUUGGGCUAGCCUGAGCUCUGGGUCUUUUCUAUACCUCUUCUGCUUCUGUGUUGUGAUUCUCAAAAGCUACAUGUGGAGGAGGUAGGGGAGAAGCCAGCAAUGAAGAAUCCCACUCCAUAAGGACUUCUCCCACCCAUGUAUUUUUGAAACACACGGGAGUCAGAAUCAAAGCUGUUAUCCUACAAAAGCUAUCCCUCCAUAUGACCCCUGCAGAGGAAGCCAACAUACUGAUCCUCCAGUUAAUAUUCUUCUAGCUACCUGUCCUGGUGAUGGUCUUAGCAGGGGGAAUAGGGUUCCAGGGGGGAUGUUGGCUUCCUGAAGUUCUGUACCCCACCACUUCAUUUGCUGCUGAAGCCCAAUUAGCUCCUUGUAGGCUGAGCAAGCAGGAGGGGGACAUGCAGGGACCACCUGAGUCAUUGUUGAGGGCACAGGAGCUUUAGAAGAAUGGGCCAGAGACUGCCAGGCCUGCCAAGGGUGGUUCUAGAACCCUGCCUCGCUGGCUGUCACUCCCACUUGUUUCAUUGUGGUUUCAGGGAGUGAGUGAGCCAGCAUGAACAUUCACAUCCACAUUCACUGUGCUCAGCUCAGCCUGUCCUUGCAUCAUAAAGUGACUAUUGUGGGUAGUUGUAUUUGGAUUGGCAACAUAACCUGCGGAGGAGCUCACACUCCCCUGUCAUUAGGAGGACAGUAAGGCCCCAGGUUGGCCCACUGGCAAGCAUCCAUGCUCCCUUCAGCUCUGAGCUAGAGAUCUGACAGGUCUAGAAAGUGGGUUCUGUAAUCUCCUGCAGCACAGUCCAGCCAAUGAGCAGUAGCCACUCCCAGUGUGAGCUCACCUGCUUCAUGACUUCUACAGCCUGUCUCACAAGCAAAAACAAGUCAUUUGCUAAUCACCAAUAGCAAGGCAAAAUUAAAACCCUCUUUGUAUGUGGCCAUGGGUUGCUAUGUCCUAACUUGCCAGCCCACCCUCCCCCCCCUCUCCCAAGCUGAUGUUCACCUGAAGUGCCACCACUGGAAAGACUGAAGCAGGAAGGGUCAUGAGCUCAGGAAUUCAAGACCUACCUGGGCAACAUAAUAAAACUAAUCUUAAAAAUAAAUAUAUAGCUGAGUAACUUGGCCACAUUUCACGUGCUGAGGAGUCACCAGCUCCCUGGCUGCCAGCUUCCUCCAUUGCCUAGAGUCUGGGACAGCUUUAACGAGGUUGCUCACGAGGGCAUGGGCACAUUUUCACAUGUGACAUGCCAUGUCUUGUGCCCUAAGCUGGGUUUGUUCAGGUAGUCUGCAAAUCCUUGUGGGUACUGUAUAGCAAAAUGGAGCUUUCCACAGGUCAUGCAGGGCCCAGCAGUUUGCUUUAUCUAACCGUGUUCCCUUUUAAAGAAAAAUCUUCACAAGCAGGCUUCCAAGAACAGCAAGCACUUACUCAUCUCUCUCUUUUAGCCUUUCUUAUGGAUGUGAACUGUGCUGUGGGUAAAUCAUUUGUAUUUCUUGAAUGUUCUGUAUGACUAACAGGUAUUAAGUCACUGGGUGUAUGUAUAACUAAUGUAACUGCCUUUUAAAUUUUCAUUACAAUAAAAAAUGACUUU